CACACUUCGUCAAUUCAUAUCGUCUGCCCACGCCAGGAUGCAAAGCAGAGAAAUGUUUCCGCCCGUGUGUCAUCUUCCGCUCUCAUAACUGCUCGAUGCUUCAGAAUUAGCCCCUUCGCGUUUCCCCUCCCCCUUGCAUUUAUUUUUAUUUAUUUUAUUUUUGGGGGGUAACUCAACGCUGAAGCGUUUUCCAUUAUUUUUUUCCUCCUGGUGAUCAUCAUUUUUGGGACCGCACAGCAUGCGAGCUAAAGGGCUGGAGACUGGCGGAGACUCGGACUGAGAUCUACACUCAACAUAAACACCGAUCCACACACAACACUGUGUGCGUCCUUACUGGACUACAUCUCGGACUAGAGUGGCUUUGGCUCCGUGAACGCAUCAUUUGCCAACGCGAUGUCCAUCAGGAAGGCACCGUUGACGCGAAAGCAGUCGAGAAACGGCACGUCCAAAUAUGUGUUGGAGCGGUGCGCUUCUAUUAACGAGUAUUAUGAUAUUGCCUUCAAGGUGAUGCUGUUGGGAGACUCCUCCGUGGGAAAGACGUGCAUCUUGCUGCGAUUUAAAGACGGGGCAUUCGUGGGAGGCAACUUUAUUGCCACCGUUGGAAUAGACUUUAGGAAUAAAGUGGUCGACGUCGACAACCUGAAAGUCAAACUCCAGAUCUGGGAUACAGCCGGCCAGGAAAGAUUCCGAAGCGUGACACACGCCUACUAUAGAGAUGCCCAAGCACUACUUCUGCUUUAUGAUAUCACCAAUAAGCCAUCAUUUGACAAUAUCAGGGCUUGGUUAAAUGAAGUACAUGACUAUGCCCAGAAGGACGUGGUCAUCAUGUUGCUCGGCAACAAGUCAGACAUGGCCGCAGAGCGGGUGAUCAAGACGGAGGAUGGGGAGAAGUUGGCUAAGGAAUAUGGAGUGCCAUUUAUGGAGACCAGCGCAAAGACUGGCAUCAACGUGGAGCUGGCCUUUCUAGCCAUCGCAAAGGAGCUGAAGCACAGAACCACACAACAGCCAAACGAGCCCAAGUUCCAGCUGCACGACUACAUCGAAUCUCAGAAACACAAGACCGGUUGCUGCAGCCUUGUGUAGCUAAAGCCGACACUGGGCUGGCAGACACACACACACACACUCACACACACAGACGGGGAUCAAGACGGAGGGAUGUGAGGGGGGCGGGGGGGGGGAUAAGUAAAGCCAAUCCCGGCACUAAUCCUCAAAAGUGAGCGUCCUCCUCUUCUCCACUCUACCGAAUGACAGUGAAUCCGAUUGCCAUCCCUUCUGAAAAAUGUGAAUAGCACUCUGUAGAAAAAGUGUUGUGCUCUUUGUGGUGACAGUUGUGAUCAAACGAAAAAAGCCAGAUUUGACAAAAGCAAAACGCUUAGAUCCGUCUGCAGGGAUAACGUAGAGCAGGGGGGGUCCAAAGUCGGUGCCGGAGGGCCGCCGUCCUGCCCGUUUUCAGCUCCCCCAGCUGUGACGCACCUGAUUCAAAUGAUCAGCUCGUCAAUCCUGAUGAUGUGAAUCAGGUGUGUUGCUCCUGGGAGAGCUGGACCGACUUUGGACACCCCUGACGUAGAGCUCGGUCACGUUUUAUAUGAACAAUCAAUAUGACUGUUGAUUAGGGAUUAGAAUGACUUUGUCUUCAUGUCACAUUUCAGAGGCUGUGAACUCGAUCCCCUUUUUUUUUGGCCUUACAGUCUUAAUCUUCGCCUAGUGUGCAGACGGCGUCCGAGUCGAGCUGUAGCUACAUCUCCACAUGCGUAAUGUUGUUCCAAUAAAAUCAAUGGUUGCAGGGCUCCUGCCCGAUGUGUGUGUGUGUGUGUACACACGAUACCUUCAGGCUCAUACCUGAACUUUAUUCAAUGAUCUGCUACAGGAUCUUUCCAUGGUUUGCACCGGAGAUUAUUUCCCGCCCCGCUUCAAGAGUCCCCCAAAACGUUUACUGUACAUUCCUUAUUUCACAAACACUCUGAAACGUAACCGUGUCUCUUUUUAACAAUCGAUGUUGUUGUGGAGACUGUACAGAAGCCGUAAUCGUUUCAUGCACUGUAUUGUCUUGAUUUGUACAAUGUUCAUUUUCAAUGUUUGCUUGUCACAUGUGUUCCUUCUUUUGGAGGUGUCGUGGUGAUCACAAAGUGCCAUGGAGAGAGAAAAAAAGUGCUUUGUUAUCAUAUUCUAUAUAAAGUAUAUUUUGUAAUGUA